GAGGAGGGGGGUCGGAGAGGCCCGGCAUUAUAAAGGCGGCUGGACCAGCACAGCCCGCCAGACCCCGCCGCCCGGAUCCCCUGCGCAGCCCGCCGCCCCACGUGACCGCACCGACCCCCAGCUCCGCCGCAGCCCGCUCGCCAUGGCCCUCUUUGGGGCCCUCCUCCUAGCGCUUCUGGCAGGCGCUCAUGCGGAGCUCCCCGGCUGCAAGACCCGCGUCACCUCCCAGGCGCUGGAGCUGGUGAAGCAGGAGGGCUUGCGCUUUCUGGAACAAGAGCUGGAGACCAUCACCAUUCCGGACCUGCGGGGCAGGGAGGGCCACUUCUACUACAACAUCUCGGAGGUGAAGGUCACAGAGCUGCAGCUGACAUCCUCUGAGCUCCAUUUCCAGCCGGAGCAGGAGCUGGUGCUACAAAUCAGCAACGCGUCCUUGGGGCUGCGCUUCCGGAGGCAGCUUCUCUACUGGUUCUUGAAGAUAUAUGAGUUCCUCUCCACAUUCAUCACCUCGGGGAUGCGCUUCCUCCUCAACCAGCAGAUCUGCCCCGUGCUUUACCACGCAGGGAUGGUGCUCCUCAAUUCCCUCCUGGACACUGUGCCUGUUCGCAGCUCUGUGGAUGAGCUGGUUGGCAUCGACUACUCCCUCCUGAAGGAUCCUGUAGCGUCCGACAGCAAUCUGGACAUGGUCUUCCGGGGGGCCUUCUUUCCUCUGGCUGAGGGGAACUGGAGCCUGCCCAACCGGGCGGUAGAGCCCCAACUGCAGGACGAGGAGCGGAUGGUGUACGUGGCCUUCUCGGAGUUCUUCUUUGACUCUGCCAUGGAGAGCUACUUCCGGGCGGGGGCCCUGCAGCUGUCACUGGUGGGGGACAAGGUGCCCCACGAUCUGGAUAUGCUGCUGAGGGCCACCUACUUUGGGAGCAUUGUCCUGCUGAGCCCAGCAGUGAUCGACUCCCCGCUGAAGCUGGAGCUGCGCGUCCUGGCUCCACCUCGCUGCACCAUCAAGCCCUCGGGUACCACGGUCUCUGUCACUGCCAGUGUCACCAUCGCCCUGGUCCCCCCAGACCAGCCCGAGGUCCAGCUGUCCAGCAUGACCAUGGACGCCCGUCUCAGCGCCAAGAUGGCACUCCGGGGGAAGGCGCUGCGCACCCAGCUGGACCUGCGCCGGUUCCGAAUCUACUCGAACCAGUCCGCCCUGGAGUCACUGGCCCUGAUCCCGCUGCAGGCCCCUCUGAAGACCAUGCUGCAGAUUGGGGUGAUGCCCAUGCUCAAUGAGCGGAUGUGGCGGGGGGUGCAGAUCCCGCUGCCCGAGGGUAUCAACUUUGUGCGCGAGGUGGUGACGAACCAUGCGGGCUUCCUCACUAUUGGGGCCGACCUCCACUUUGCCAAAGGGCUACGAGAGGUGAUUGAGAAGAACCGGCCUGCCGACACCAGGGACUCCUGGGCACCCGGUGCCCCACCGCCCUCCACGACAGCUGCCUGA